AUGUUAGCUACUGUUUUGCGAGGCGAUUGGGCUAGAAGCCAUGUUACGUCAUUCAUUGCUUGUACGGGUGGUGGAGUGUUCCUCGCUACGUGCAUGUUAGAUCUAUUACCAGACGCCAUUGAAUCAUACGAGAAAUCAGGAUUCAAGUCGAGUUUCCCAGUCGCGGAAGCAGCUGUGGCGGGUGGGCUACUGAUGGUUCUGACGAUUGAACAGGUUGUUCUCGCUGUCCAAGAGCGUGGAUGGAUUAGGUCAGGUCAUCUGCACCUCCACGAUGAAGGAGAAAGCUCUCAUGUCCAAGAUGUAUCUCACUCGGAUGAUAGUGAAGAAGACGCGAAUCCGAUGUUGGGAGCGUGCCUUCUAGUGCUCGCAUUGUCAUUGCAUGCGCUCUUUGAAGGUCUUUCAUUAGCCGUCAUAACUGAUGCUUCUAAAUUGCUGCAGGUUUUCGCUGCCCUUAUACUCCACAAAAGUAUAAUAGGAUUCAGUCUUGGCGUACGCCUUGUGCAAAGUGGCAUGCGCACCCCAUGGGUCGCUCUUUGUGCAUCCAUAUUUAGUAUACAGGUACUAAUCGGCGGGCUAGGUGGAAUGGAAAUUAUGUCUAUGAUUUCUGGUGGCGAUCGAUCAACAGCCGCCCUUGUUUCUACUAUACUUCAAGGUUUGCCUGUGGAACUUUCCUUUAUAUAA